AACUUUGAACGGAAGGCUGGUUGAGACAAGGUAGCCAGUAACGAGUCUGCGUCGCCCCGCUUCUUCGCCAGUUCACUUCCGUGGUUCAACUGCAAGAUGCAGACAGUUAAAAGUAACGCAGGUGACGAUGGUGACCGACACCCUUUGUUUGGCGGAGCCCUGUCAGCUGUCAUUCCACACAGUGCAAAAGAUGUAAGUGAGCUGAGGGAGAUCCCAGACAACCAGGAGGUGUUUGUUCAUUGUCACACGGACCAGAGCCUUAUAGUAGAGCUGCUGGAUUUCCAGAGUCAGGUGGAUGACCAGCAUGCUGCCAAGUAUCACUUUGAGGACAUCGCUGGGAGUAACAAAGCAUUGGAUCCAGGGACCUUUGAAGUGGCCGGUAUUGAACAACUGCCAAAAUCAGAGCUGGCCAUGUCAGUGUGCAGCACUGCCUGGUUGUUGACUGGAACACAGUGUGUCUCUAAAUUCAACGAAGAAGCCAAGAACCAAGUCACUCUGCACCUUGGUUUGUUCCGGUUACCUCAGUUCACUACAGAUAUCCUAAUAACUUUCAAUGACCCGCUCAGCAUCAGCCCUGCGAGCAGCAGCGCCGCUGGAAUUGGGUCAUAUCCUACAGAACCAUGGACAGUGCAGGAUUUCCAUCGCUUGUUGCGGUCUCUCAAAUUGCAUGACCCUGGACUUUUUGGUUAGCAGUGACAUGCGGUGAGGUCAGUGGCUGGGUAGGCAGUGGACAUUCACAAAUCCAAAUUACAUCGUUUUGUGCUCUCUAAUGUUUUACAACAAUCUGAUCCUUCUUCAUUCAUCCAACUGCCACAGAAUUCUAGAAUAUUGUGCCCCCUUGGCUGAUCUACAUCCCAAAUGAAAACCUAAACAAAAAUAUUUUCAAAGAAGUAAUUUUUUCUUGUUUUAUAUGGUUUUUGAUAGCUGUGAAAUGACUAAAUAACACCAUUGCCUUUCCUUAGAGCUCCCAAACCAUUGUGGAUCUCAUUGUGGUCACUACAAUGCAGUUAUGAGAUACUAUUUGUAGAUAUUGUUGAAACAUUACCUGAAAAGAAGAACACAAACACAACAUAAAGAAACAUUUGUGGUAAAAAUAUGUAAUCUAAUGUAAGUAAAAUAUACAAAUAUUUAAUUUGUUUACCAUUUCAUUAAUUCAUGUCCAGUGUCAUGAUGUAUAAUAAAAUGACUGAUAGCAGAACUGAGAGUGAAUUCAUGCAAAUAAACUGGGUGCUGAGGUGACAGAUUGUUGAGAUCAUAUGUAUUGAGGUCACCUACAGAUCAAUUAAAAACACUAAUUUUUGGGCAAUACAUGUGAAAAUAGCAGUUAGUCACUUAAUAAAUAUUAGUAAAUAUAAUGAGUAAUUGCACUGAUUUGUAGAAAUGGAAGACAAACUGAGAUUACUUGCACAAAUCUGUAAACUUCAAAAUGGUCGACAGCUUUCAGGGCUGUUUUUGAUGUUAUAGUAGGAGAUGAAUUGUCAAUCAAUGAAAAGAAAAUGUGGCAUGAUGCCUUGAGCCAGCCUGAAAAAAAAAACAUGGCAAACUACAAGUAAAAAAAAAAAGCGUCUUGGGAAGCCAUAUAUGACCCAUGUACUCAUGUCAUUCACAGUACUCAGUUUCCCAUUUAGCCAGUAUCUUAGAAAACACAAAGUGAUAAACGCAUAAUAAAUGAUACUGGCUGCAAAGCAUGCAUGCAAGCAUCCACUGCAGUUCUCACUUCAGUUUAGCUACACAAUUGUAAAAGUGCAUGAAUAAAAAUGCAUACCUUUGUGGACUCUACAUUCGUACAGGUUUGUAAAAAUGAACAAUAAAUAUCAAUGCAAACUAGAGGUCUAAAAAUGAACAAUAAAUAUCCAUUCAAAUGUGUAGUUUUGUAAAAUCCAUUACUAAACACUUCAGCUGCUACACAAACAGUUGCAUACCUUUGUGAACUCUACAAAUGUAUAGAUUUGU